UUGUCCUUUCAUCCAUUGCAUAAUCUGCCCACGGCCAAGUGUUGGCAAGGCUCGCGGGCUGAUGUGGGAAUGUGUGUGCACGGGUUUGGUCAUUUUAGCGCGGCGUUGGAGAGGAGAGCGUCCUUUACCCCUGCAGUCACCGGGAAGACGGCCCUCCGGGCAGUAAGAGGAGCCUGACAGAUUGAUCCGGGACAGGAGGCAGAAAGGAAGACUAUCGAUGGAUGGUAAACCGGGGUUUUUAAAGAGUGCGAGAACGCGGGGGAAAUAGCCUGCUCUCCCGCUUGUCUAUCCAGGGGAGGCCGUUUCUGAUGCAGCUGAGAAAAAUGCAGACCAUCAAGAAGGAGCAGGCGUCUCUGGAGCCUGGCAGCAGUGGAGACAAGCUGAUGGUCCUUAGUCCUGCCCUAGCCGAGGCGGCCGAAGACCUGACCGCGGGGGAGGAGCUGCUUCUGAAUGAAGGAAGCGUGGGGAAAAGCAAGGCGUCCACCUGUCGGAGGAAACGGGAGUUCAUCCCCGACGACAAGAAAGACGCCAUGUACUGGGAAAAACGGCGCAAGAAUAACGAAGCUGCCAAAAGGUCCCGGGAGAAGCGCCGGCUCAACGACCUGGUUCUGGAGAACAAGCUGAUUGCCCUGGGAGAAGAAAACGCCACUCUGAAAGCCGAGCUGCUGGCGCUGAAGUUGAAGUUCGGCCUGAUCAGCUCCACCGCCUACGCGCAGGAGGUGCAGAAGCUCAGCAGCCCCCCGGCUGUGUACUUCCCAGACUGCCAGCCCUCCAAGUCGGGCGUGGGUGCCUUCGGGGACGAGCACGAGCCCCCCAUGGCGGCCGGCAGCUGCAUUUCCGUCAUCAAGCACUCCCCGCAGAGCUCGCUGUCCGACGCCUCCGAAGUGUCCUCAGUGGACCCCAUGCAGGAGAGCCCGGUGCAGGGCAGCUGCAGAAGUCCCGAAGGCAAGUUCCAGGCCAUCAAGCAGGAGCCGGUGGAGCUGGAGAGCUACGCGCGGGAGCCGCGCGACGACCGGGGCCCCUACGUGGCCUCCAUCUACCAGAGCUACAUGGGGGGCGCUUUUGCUGGCCUGGCGCACUCCCCGCCGCUGCUGCAGGUCAGCCGCUCCUCCAGCAACUCGCCCAGGACCUCGGAGACGGAUGACGGAGUCGUGGGGAAGUCCUCCGAUGGCGAGGACGAGCAGCAGGUGCCCAAGGGCCCCAUCCACUCUCCGGUUGAACUGAAGCGCGUCCACGCCACGGUGGUGAAGGUUCCGGAAGUGAAUUCCUCUGCCUUGCCACACAAGCUUCGGAUCAAAGCCAAAGCCAUGCAGAUCAAAGUAGAGGCAUUUGACCAUGAUUUUGAUGCUACGCAAAAACUCUCCUCGGCCCUCGACAUGACGUCUAAAAGGCACUUGGAGCUGGAGAAGCACGGUGCCCCGGGCUUGGUGCACUCUCUCACACCUUUCUCAGUGCAGGUGACGAACAUUCAGGAUUGGUCUCUCAAAUCGGAACACUGGCAUCAAAAGGAGCUGAAUGGCAAAACUGGAGUUGUUGACGGUAAAGACGGUGGCUACAAGGCCUCUGAGCCUGGGCACCUGUAUCUGAAGCCGGGCAUUGCAAACUUACCGGCAGAGGUGGUCUCGCUCAAGAGACUCAUAGCCACACAGCCCAUCUCCGCCUCCGACUCCGGGUGAGCGUGCUGAGAGCUGGGGUCCGCGAGACGCCGCUCGCCACAGCUCCGUGUGUUUGUAGGAUGCCGACUUUCCACUGGACCUGCGAUGUCAUUUCACUGUAAUGUGCACAUGUUGUCUGUGGGUGUCUUCGGUGCACAGAGAUGAAGAUUAGGUUGUAUCACUCUGCCUUGUGUAUAGUCACGUAGCCCGUGAAAGGCCGUAUAUAGGGAACGUUAUUUUUGUCGUUCUGUUAAAAAUUGUGUGUGUUACCAGUUUCAAUAAAGGAUUGGUGACAGACACAGAA